UGGUCGUCGACAAGGGUCGGUCGUGUAGUUUGGCAUACCCGCGCCACCGUCGCUUCCUAUUGCGGGGGGGAGCUGUCCAGCUGUCAUUUUAGCAAAGUUGCUGCUGCGUACCGCGCGCAACCAUUUGAUUCCCCCGGGGGGUGUCCGCUGCUCCGUCGAGCCAAUUAUCCAGCAUUGUUAAAGACUGUGCGCGUGUAUGUGUGUAUGUGUGUGUUGAAUAACGCAAAGGAAACGGUCAGCAAGAAGACAUUUUCUUCCCCCCUUUUCCCUUUCUCAUGUAACAAUCCACAUUGGAUUCGGUUUUGGCUAGUGGUUACGUGGUGUUUGCGAGGUUAAAAUUUCACCUCAAAUUUCCCUCAGUGCCCCGCAAAGUGUGUGUACGAACCAGCAGUGAGUGUACUAUUGGUCAUGAAAGUGUGCGCUGAGAAAUAUUCGAUUACCGGCCGCGCGUAACACCACGCAAUUAUUGAAAGAAAAUCACGCACACACACGCAAACACAUCUUUCAACCUUUUCUCACUGUGUUGUGUGGUGUCGUCGGGGGGUUACAUUCGUGCAUUCGCUGCGACAUCACCAUCCACCGGCGCUGAUCUUAUCUACCAACAAAGGAGCGAGAACGAGGCAGGGAGUGUGGUGUGGGGACAAUAGGAACACCAAAAAAGCAUCAUCAUCGCCGGUCGUGUCGAUAGCACACACACACGCACACACCUUGACACACUCAACUCAACAGCGCGAUGGCGACGGCCGUGCUUGCGAGACCCGCGCGGAGCCUUAUAAAUGUUGUACAGUGUGUGCGGUUGAUACGAACCCAGGCCACCGUCAUGUUCGCAACAAGCACAGAGUUGUGUCGCGCUGUUGGGGUUGCUAACCGGUGAAAUUGUGCGGCUCUCGUAGGAAAGGAAGGUUUCGUUGUUCAUUUGCACAAUCAAACACGCUUCUUCAUGGCGGCGGCAGCGGCAGCGGAGCAGGAAAACUAUGAGUACGAUCUGGUGGUGAUCGGAGGCGGUUCGGGCGGUCUCGCCUGCGCCAAGCAGGCGGUGCAGCUCGGCGCGAAGGUGGCGGUGCUGGACUUCGUGAAGCCAUCGCCGCGCGGCACCAAGUGGGGCCUGGGCGGUACCUGCGUGAACGUGGGCUGCAUCCCGAAGAAGCUGAUGCACCAGGCGUCCCUGCUCGGCGAGGCGAUACACGACUCGCAGCCGUACGGCUGGCAGCUGCCCGACCCGGCCGCGAUCCGGCACGACUGGGCGACGCUGACCGAGUCGGUGCAAAACCACAUCAAGUCGGUCAACUGGGUGACGCGGGUGGACCUGCGCGACCAGAAGGUGGAGUACGUGAACGGGCUCGGCUACUUCAAGGACGACCACACGGUGGUGGCUGUGAUGAAGAACCAAACCGAGCGCGAGCUGCGCGCCAAGCACGUGGUGAUUGCGGUCGGCGGUCGGCCCCGCUACCCGGACAUUCCCGGCGCGGCCGAGUACGGCAUCACGAGCGACGACAUCUUCAGCCUGCCGCAGGCGCCCGGCCGCACCCUCCUGGUCGGCGCCGGCUACAUCGGGCUCGAGUGUGCCGGCUUCCUCAAGGGGCUCGGGUACGACGUGAGCGUGAUGGUGCGGUCGAUCCUGCUGCGCGGCUUCGACCAGCAGAUGGCCACCAUGGUGGGCGAUUCGAUGGUGGAGAAGGGCAUCCGGUUCCAUCACCGGUCGCGCCCGCUCGCGGUCGAGAAGCAGCCGGACGGCCGGCUGCUGGUGCGGUACGAGACAGUGGACGAGGCCGGCACCGCCACCAACGGCGAGGACGUGUUCGACACGGUGCUGUUCGCGAUCGGGCGCCAGGCCGAGACGGGCACGCUCAAGCUGGCGAACGCGGGCGUCGUCACGGCCGAGGGCGGCAAGUCGGACAAGCUCGAGGUGGACGAGACGGACCACCGGACGAACGUGCCGCACAUCUACGCGGUCGGCGACGUGCUGUACCGGAAGCCGGAGCUGACGCCGGUCGCUAUCCAUGCCGGGCGCAUCAUCGCCCGCCGCCUGUUCGGCGGCUCGGAGGAGCGCAUGGACUACGCGGACGUGGCGACCACCGUCUUCACGCCGCUCGAGUACGGGUGCGUCGGGCUGAGCGAGGAGGCGGCCGAGGCCGCCCACGGCAAGGACGGCAUCGAGGUGUACCACGCCUACUACAAGCCGACCGAGUUCUUCGUGCCGCAGCGCUCGGUGCGCUACUGCUACCUGAAGGCGGUGGCGCUGCGCGAGGGCAACCAGCGCGUGCUCGGGCUGCACUUCCUCGGGCCGGCGGCCGGCGAGGUCAUCCAGGGCUUUGCCGCCGCGCUCAAGUGCGGCCUGACCAUGCAGGUGCUGCGCAACACGGUCGGCAUCCAUCCGACGGUCGCGGAGGAGUUCACCCGGCUCGCCAUCACCAAGAGCUCCGGGCUGGACCCGACGCCGGCGACCUGCUGCAGCUAGGAAGGGACAAUUCGUUGCCUGCAACACACACACCCACACACCAACAUUCAUCACUUCUCUUUUCUUCGUCCUUUAGUUUGUCGCUUUUUUGUUGUUGUUUUCUUUCCAAAAUCCAAUUUGGCGGGAAUGGUAUGGGGCAGUGGAAAGGUUUUAGCAUGUAGAAAGGAAGGCAUACAUACACACACGUGCGCGUCGCUGAGCAAAGGUGAAAAGAUCCUUCUAAAACACAUUAAAAGAGAAACACAGAAAAAAACAAGAAUAUAAAAAGAUAGCUCGUUAGGACAGCUCUUUUGCCCCUUUUGCUCUAACCCGUCCCGAUUUUGGGUCCAAUCGCUGUGAGGAAAACGUUCCAUCUGUUUUUUGUUUUGGUUUGUGCGAGUGUGCCCAAUGUAAUUGUGGUGUGCAGCAGCAAUGUGUGCAUGUGAUUUGUUGUGUGUGGACCAACGGGACGGACCAGAACGAAGCGAGAGCGGAGAUGGCACAAAAAGGUAGAGCGAAGGAACAACAGAUUUUGGUUUAUAAAACCGCAAAAAAAAACCCGAACAAAGGAGGAGAGGACGGUUUUUUGGAUUGUUUUGCUAAGUAAGAACAGGCUUGUACGCCGCCGUGUGUGUGUGUGUGUGGGUAGGAAGUUUAGGAAAGUGUGCGCGCACUACCCAGAGUAACAACAGGGAAAUUAGAAAUUAGAAAAAAAGGAAAGAUUAUUCCCGCACAAUUGACAACUACGGAUCCAUCCGGGGACGGUGAAGCUGCCGGUUCUGCGAUCAAUUCCCCAUUUUGUUCGGUUUCUAUUUCAUCAGUAUCAAUGCGUCAGAGAGAAGGAAAGAAAACACACACACAAACUCAACAAUACAUGUGUAUCGAAAUUGCAAGUUGAAAACUUGUGAUGAACCCACGGAAA